AUGUUUCUUGGACCUGUCUUCGAGCCGGACUCCGAACUCCCCGCCGGCAUUCCUCCGGUGCUUGACGAUUUCGAUAUCCAGGCCAGCGGCCUGUCGGAGCACGACAUGUCGCUCGUUGCGGCAACAUCCGUAGGAACAUCGACAGAGGCGUCUUUGAUCUUGCCCGCUGCGUUGGACAAAUUGGAACUACCAGCCAGCUCUGAGGCUGCUGCGGCUGGUCUCCCCGGCUGGCCGGAAUGGCUAGACUGGCAGGAUAUGAACAACAGCAGCCUGAUACUGCCGGAAUUGACGGCAUCCACGUUGACAGACCCUCUCAGCCUCGAUUCCCUAAACGGCAGCCCACCUACUAUGGUGGACUCCAGCUCCAAGAUACAAAUGACGGACCUCAUUCGGGCCGAACUAGAUCAACUAUACUUUGACAGAGUACACGCCUUCUGUCCCAUUAUCCACCGCCGGCGCUAUUUUGCUUCGCUCGCCCAAGACAAUCACACGACGGCUCAACUAUGUCUCCAAUCAGCCAUGCGGGCCCUGGCGGCGGCCAUGUCUGCCAACUCGUCUCAUCUCAGCGAGCAAUUCUAUUCUGAAGCGCGGAGUUUGCUUGAUACGCACAGCCAAACGCCAGCUACACCUAGGGACAAGAUCCCCCUGGAGCACAUCCAGGCGUGGCUGCUCCUAAGCCACUACGAGCUUCUGCGGAUCGGUGUCCACCAGGCCAUGCUCACAGCCGGCCGGGCUUUUCGUCUGGUCCAGAUGGCUCGUCUCUGCGAAAUUGAUGCCCCGGGAGGCGACCUUCAGCUCUCACCGGUGGCUUCCUCUUCUUCCUCUAUAUCUACUAACACUGAUUCCAGCGAGAGCUUCGUCGACGCGGAAGAGGGUCGGCGGACGUUCUGGAAGAAAUGGCACGUCUUCCUACAUGCGGACACAAUGCAAAACUCGCUAACUAGACUUCUUCCCAUACAGGUUUCUACACGCCUCCCUGCGCCCGAGGCGAACUUUCAGAACAACCAGCCCACCCGCACCAGCUUUCUCGCAGAUGCCAUGGCGCAAACCGGACCGAGUACGCUGUCCCCCUUCGCCGAAUGCAUCAUCAUGGCAACACUGCACGGCCGUUGCAUGACACACCGGCGGUUAUACGCAACGGAGUUUGAGGCCGGGACAAGAGACUUCUGCAUCCGCCAGGGGUGGCUAGCCACGGCCGUGGAGAGACGCGUGCAGAUGCUUGUUCCUUCCCCGGCCGUUGACAGCGAUCCCAUGCUGCUCUUCACGCACAUGCUGGCGUACCGCGCCACCGUCCAUCUCAGCAUUACAGUUCAGCAGGCCUCAUGGCGCACCGUCGAUCAGCAGGUGCUGGCCGCAGCCUACCAGCAGCGCGCCGCGCAGGCAGCGUCCGAGAUCGUGCGGCUAGCCAAGGCGGUGCCCUACCUGAGCCCUUUCAAGACUCAUCCGUUCUUGCCGGAUACUCUUGCGUGUGCGGCUACGUUUCUCAGCACACAGACUGCUACGGAUGGCGGCGGCGAUGACAUCCAGCACCUGCUUCGGGUGCUUGGGGAGCUCCAGGAUACUCACAGCCUGGCGCGGGACUACUUACAGACCCUCAAACUACAAGUUCAGGGGAAUAGACAAGACGGAUGGUACUGA